GUUGAUACCUAUUUCAUCGUGCCGACUACUAGGCCAUUCUCACCUUAAAUAAAUAAAACAUUGUAAUAUUGUAUACAAACCAUCUUCUGAAAACCUUCCCUCUUUGUGGAAAAAAAAACCAUGGAAGAGAAAUUAGAACAAGUCCCACUAUGUUCAUUAUUCCAAGAGUUUCAUAUAUCAAAGAAAGACGAAACUGCCAAUCUCCUUGAGUCAUGGGAGAGAUAUGUGGAUGAAGUACAAGAGAUCAUAGGGUACAAAUUCGAGAAUCUUAGUUUGCUACAUCAAGCUUUUACUCAUUCUUCUUUCCAAGAAAACUGCUGUGAGUCAUACGAAAGGCUUGAAUACGUGGGCGACUCGGUGCUAAAUUUGCUAAUAGCAAAAGAGCAUUACUUUCUUCACCCUGAUUUGCCUCCGGGGAAGUUGACACGGCUGCGAGCCGCCAACGUUGAUACAGAAAAACUCGCUAGAGUUGCCGUCAAAUACGACUUUCAUAAGUAUUUACGGCACAAGAAACCUCUACUUAAGGGACAAGUGGAAGAAUUCAGAGAUGCAACUUUAGAGUAUCCUUUGCAUUCAACAGGCCUUAUUGAUCCCCCAAAGGUGCUAGCUGACAUAGUUGAAUCCCUCAUUGGUGCCAUUUAUAUUGAUUGCAAUUUCUCCAUGGAUACAACUUGGCAGGUAUGGUGAGCUGGUUUCUUGAGGGAGCAUCUUUGUCUUCCUAAUAAGGUUUUAGCAAACUAACAUGGAAAACAUGAUGGAUCUUCCACCAAGUUGGGAAAUCAAUAUGGUAUUCCACCUUCUUAAUGCGCCCCACAAUGAAGAGAUGUCCAAUGUAUUUUUGCAAUAGGCGAGAUCCCUGCAAACAGGUAUCGCUUUGAGAUUUUCACCAUCACUUUGUCCCAACUUGAUAUUCCACGAAGCGGCAGUUCUGAUUAACAUGCUUCUUUAUUCGCUUCUAGGCCUUCUCAAGAUAUCUCCACUUUAUCUCAAGGUUCUGCUUCCAUUGCUUCGAGAACCUGACAGCUCUAGGAGAUUUUGACACAUUUGGGACAUCUGCUACGGGAGGAGUGGUUGCUGCCCGAUAACAAUUUCAAAUGCUUUCUUGUUGAUACUCGAGCUCUUUUGGGCAUUGAAAUACAAUUGAGGAACAUCCAAGAGCUUCACCCAAUUCUUCUGCGAGCCAGUAACAAAGUGCCGAUAGUACUCCUCCAGCAUGCCAUUGAACCGUUCUGUCUGGCCGUCAAAUUGGGGAUGAAAACUCAAAUUGUGGCUCAACUUGGACCCGAGACAGUUGAAGAGCUUGGUCCAAAAGUUUCUAAUAAAGCGAGAAUCGCGAUCACUAACAAUCCAAUAUUUGGCAAUAAGAGUAAAGAAGAGUCGAGCUGUCUCUUCAGAAGAUACAUACUUUGGGGCCGCAAUAAAAGUAGCAUAUUUAGAAAAUCGAUCGACCAUGACAAGAAUAGUGGUGAGAUCUAUGACCUUGGGCAAGUUGGUAUUGAAAUCUUACGAGACACUCUUCCUAAGGCCUCUUCGGGACAUGUAAGGACUCCAGAAGCUCGCUUUGGUCAAGCGGUCAGUCUUGUCUUAAUGACACACCAAGAAAGUCCUCACAUAUUUAACAACAUCAUUUUCCAUAUGGGGCCAAUAAUAAGCACGACGCAGUAGUUCCAUGGUCCAUUCCUCUCUAAGAUGCCGCCCCCUCCCAAGAGUAUCGUGACACUCCUUCAGGAGGGUUUUCCAUAGAUCACCUCCCUUAAGAACAUAGAGGCGGUUCCCUUUUGCUCUAAGAAACCCAUCCUCCAUGUAGAACUGUCCAGUCUUGCCAUGAUCCACAAAACUGAUCAAAUACUAGGUAGUAAGGUCUUUUCUAAGUAGCUCACGUAUCUGAUCCUUUAUAGUGGUAGACACUUCACUUCCUUGAUGGUGGCGAGUAGGCACACCGAUGCUAAGUUUGCUCUCCAACUUAGUGAAUCAGGAACUUGGUUGGUCUUCCCGCUUUGUACUCCAAAUUACAGUUAAACUCGAUGAGAAGUUCCUACCAUCUAGCCAUCUAGUCUGUCGUUGUUCAGCUUUGGCUAGGUCAUAAACUAACUGACAACCAUGUUGUCCAUCUUCACAAUGAACAGGGUCCCCAACAAGUACUGUCUCUAUAGGCAGAGAUAAUGGAUGACAACCAUUAACUCUUUCUCGUGUGCGACAUGGCGUCGCUCAACAUCCUUCAGAUAUCAACUUUCGUAACCAUCGAGAUAGCCAUUGUGCAGCAAAACUCCGCCUAGGGCGUAAAUAUGAAGCAUCAGUCUGUACUUCAAAGGACUGAUUAAAUCAAGAAGGGACAGUACCAGACUGCUGGACGUAGCCAUUUUCAAAGCAUCAGAGGCCUGCUGCUGCUUGGGAGACCAUUUCCAAGACAUGGCCUUCUUUAAGAGCUCUGUCAACGGCACAUCAAUAUAUGAGGGAGUAGUUCCUCAUGAAUCGGCGAUAGAAGUUGCAUACGCCAAGGAACACCCUCAGGGCAUGGAUAUCCUUGGGUGGCAGCUAGUCUAUGAUAGCCUGGACCUUCUACUGGUCCAUCUUGAUCCGCCCCUCCUCAAUGAUAUGACGAAGAAAAUCAAUCUACUUUUGGACAAAGGAGCAUUUAGAAAGCUUCACAUAUAACUUAUUCUCCCUUAGUCGAGCUAGGGCCAUCAACAAAUAAUCAAGGUGCUCCGACAAUGCCUUGCUAUAUACCACAAUAUCAUCCAGGUAGACUACCACAAACUCCUCUAUAUAUUUCCGAAAGGCUUGGUUCAUCAAGAUUCAAAACAUUGCCAGAGCAUUCAUCAAGCCAAACGGCAUGACCAAGAAGUCAAAUGACACAUACCAUAUCACACAGGUCAUUUUGUGUUCAUCACCCUCGGCAAUCCUCACUUGCCAAUAUUCUAUCUUCAGAUCAAUCUUGGUAAACACAGUUGCGCCCCCCAAUCUGUCAAUCAUGUCCUCCAUCAGCGGGGUAUGGUACUUAUUCUUCACCGUAAUCUUGUUAAGGACCCGAUACUCAACGCAAAACCUUAGGGUACUAUCAUGUUUCUUCUAGAACAACACUGGCGAACCAUAAGGAGACUUUGAUUGCACAAUAAUUCCUGAAUCAAGCAUUUCCGCCAACUUCUCUGAAGCUCAGCGAGCUCGGGUUGUGACAUUCUAUAUGCGCACGGGGAGGAAGCUUCGCACCUGACACUGAUUCAAUAUCGUGAUCCAUAGUCCUCCUUGGCGGCAAACGCUUUGGCAGUUCCUGCGGCAUCACAUUUUCAUAUUCCACAAGAGCUUCUUCACGGUCGCACGGAUAGGACCGAAAGAGCGCUUGACAUCCUCAGCACAAAGGGAGGCCAGAAAUGUGGGCUCCUGGUUCUUGACUCCCUUCUUUCAGGUGCAAGGCAGAAAUGUACCCGUCGGGCAUCCUUCCCAAUAUUAUUGGAAUAAUGCAAGGCUUGACCCCAUUUGCUCAAACACAUGUACACACAUAUUCAGGCGUUAUUAAAGUCAUCGCUUAAUGCGACAAAGUGAUGUGAAGCAUGGGGUUACUGCUUAUUGCCUAAAGUCAUACACUAUAAGUAAAUCAUACACUUUUUAAAGAAAUACAACAACAAUAACAAACCCAGUAUAAUCCCACAGGUGGGGUCUGGGGAGGGUACUGUGUACGCAGACCUUACCCCUAUCUGGAGAGGUAGAGAGGCUGUUUCCGAUAGAUCCCCGGAAAGCGUCAAUUCUUCGAGCUCAACUUUGAGGGGUCAACAUUAUUUUAUAUCAUAUUAAGAUACUUGACUGGGUUGCUCAAGUGGUGAGCACCCUUCACUUCCAAUCAAUAUUGUGAGUUCAGAGUCACCCCAAGAGCAAGGUGGGCAGCUCUUGCAUGGGGAGAAUAGAAAAAACAUUAUUUUAGUUAAGAUACUUGAACUAGUUAUCUUAAUUGCAGUGUAAUUAUUAAAAGUACUGAAUUCAUAUAUGUUUGGCAUUUUUAAGUUUCUCGUAAAUUGUCCAUUCACUUCAAAGAAGCAUGUUGCCUUUUACUUCUCACAUUUGCCUUCAAUCCAUAUGGAUUUCGUCACUCUUUUGCACCAAUACUAGUACACUGUAUAUACGAAGUUCAAAUCUACGGUCACAAAAUAGUAAGUAGAUGUUGUGACUACACUGUUUGUUAACUUUAAAUAUUAGAUAUGCCUAUGUGUGGAGAAGAAAGCCCUAUUAACAAGCUAUAGUUU